CUGUGCACGUACGCGUGAGCGAGUGAAUGUGUUGGAAGCAGGUGCAGUUUGGUCACUGAGCACGCACACACACAUGCACACGCACAUACGUUUUCAUCAAGAAGUCUCGAGGGUUUGAGGAGGAUCUUCUCCUGCGACCGCUGACUGUAAGUCAUUUAAUUUUUUUCUUCUCUUUUUGAGUGACUGCUUGAUUAUACACCUGCUGCUUUAUGAAUCUGAACAAGAAAAUUCAUUUUAAAAAUCGUCUUCUGUGCUUUAAGGUGUCCUGUUUGGACUCAUUUCAUGUGCAGCAUGUUGCUGAAUGUGUUUCUUUACACAGAUGGCCCACACGUAUGUGGCGUGAAGACCUGCUGAUCCUCUGCACACACUGUCAAGUGGCUGUGAUUGUCUCUGAAGCAGAGGAGGCUGACAUGGAAGAAGGAGACCAUCCAGAUGCUCCGCUUGAUGGAGAAUCAGAAGAGGAGAUGUCAGUGGAGCAGAAGAACGAGAAGUCCUUUCGGGAAAUGGUGGUCACCACAAAGAUGACCCUCAACACAAGUACAGAGACCACAGAUGAAAAGAAAAAUACGGAAAUGGUGGAAGGAGAAGACCAUCCAGCUGCUCCGUUUGAUGGUGAGUCGGAAGAGGCCGUGAUGGUGGAGCAGAAAAAUGAGAAAUCCUUCCAGGAAACUGUGGUCACCACAAAGAGGACCCUCAAUACAAGAACAGAGACCAGAGAUGAAAAGGAAAAUGCGGAAAUGGACAAAAUUGUGGUGGAAGAAGAAGAAAAAUCAGGGGGAGGAGGAGUGAGUGAAGACGAGGAGAAGCAUGGAGAGAAAAAAGUGACGUUACUGUGGGAAUCAGAGGCACCCUCAAAUGUAAAGCUGCCGUUGCCGGACCCUUCGUUCAACAGGAGAUGCAGUUUGCUCUCCAGUGACGUCAAGUAUAAGGAGGACUUUGAAAAGAUGAAGGGUCAGAGUCGGUUUGUUCCUGGAGCCGAACUUGUCCACGCCAAGAACAUCAGCGCCGUUAUAUCUGAGUCCAAGUAUAAAGAGGACGGAAAGAAGGAGGCAUCCGUGUCCCUGUACUCCGUCCUACCAGAGACUCCAGAGACACAACACGCCAGAGAGGCUUCUCACAUACAGAGUGAGAUUAAAUACAAGGGAAGUGUGAAGACAGACAUUUCCUCAUCACUUUACUCUUUACUGCCAGAAACCACAGAGACCCAGUUUGUCAAAGAGCUGACGGACAUCCUCAGCGAGAACAAGUACAAGGAGGAGGGGAGGAGGAGGAGGAGGAGCAGUCUCUACUCUCUGCUGCCUGAAACUCCGGAGACGCAGCUGGCCAGGACGCUCCACGAGUUCCAGAGCGAGAAAAAAUACAAAGAGGAUGGUCGGAGGAAGGCGUCCCUCUCUCUCUACUCUCAUCUCGCGGACACUCCAGAAAUCCAGCACGCUCUGGAGAUGUCACAGCUGCAGAGUCAGGUGAAUUAUCAUCCAAAGGUUGUGGUCAAAGGGGCCCCCUCCUCUCUGUAUUCUCAGCUAUCUGACACCACAGACAUCCAGUUUGCCAGAGAGAUGACCGAGAUGCAGAGUGAGAAUAAAUACAAGGAGGACGGCAAGAAGAUCCUGAGUCAGAGUUUCUACUCUCACCUGCCACAAACUGCACAGACGCAGUUUGUUAAAUCUGUUUCUGAGCUGCAGAGUCAGAUCCGGUACAAGGAGCCGGGGAAGAAGGACGUGACCUCGAGUUUGUACUCUCUCCUCCCUGAGACUUUAGAGACGGCGCACGCCAAAGACAUCUCAGAGCUCAUCAGUGAGGUGAAAUAUAAAGAGGAUGGUAAGAAAGAUGCUCAGAUUAAUCUCUACUCUGUGCUGCCUGAGACCCUCGACACACGACACGCCAAAGAACAGUCGAACCUGCAAAGCGAGGUGAAAUACAAAGAAGACGUGAAGAAGAAGAUGCAGAUGAGUUUGUACCAUCGGCUUCCAGAGACCACGCAGACGCAGCUGUCCAAAGAGCUGUCUGAGCUGCAGAGCGAGGUGAAAUAUAAAGAAGCCGGAUUAAAGGAGGUGGAAAGCAGCCUGUACUCUGUUCUUCCGGCAACCCUGGAGACACAACACGCCAAAGAGACCACCGAGCUGCUCAGUGAGAUUAAGUACAAAGAAGACGGGAAGAAGGAGAUGUCAACUUCUCUUUACUCCACUCUGGCCGACACGUCAGAAACCAGCUUUGCCAGAGAGGUGACGGGCAUGCAGAGCGAGACUAAGUAUAAAGAGGACGGAUUGAAGGGUCUCCCUCACAGUCUGUACUCCCAGCUACCAGAAACCACUGAGACUCAGUUUGCUAAAUCUGUGUCUGAGCUCCAAAGUGAGAUCAAGUACAAAAACGUAGGAAAGACAGAUGUGUCCACGUCUCUGUAUUCUACUCUCCCCGAGACUCUGGAGACACUUCACGCCAAAGAAGCUUCUCAGCUGCAAAGUGAGAUGAAGUACAAGUCUGCAGUGAAGAAAGAUCUCUCCAACAGUCUGUUCCACCUAAUGCCUGAGACGUUAGAGACGCUUCACACCAAGAACGUCUCCGAGCUCCUCAGUCAGGCGAAGUAUAAAGAAGACGGUAAGAAGGAGCUGAGCGUGAACUUGUACUCGCUUCUGCCUGAGACCAUCAACAGCCAACAUGCAAAAGAGCAGUCCGACCUGCAGAGUGAGGUGAAGUAUAAAGAAGGUGUGAAGCAGAAGAUCCAGAACACGUUGUAUCAUCAGCUUCCUGAGACGGCACAGACCCGGCAGGCCAAGCAGCUGUCGGCUCUGCAGAGCGAGGCUGUGUACAAGAAGGCAGCCAAAAAAGAGGCGAAUGUAAAUCUGUACUCACGUCUUCCUCACACCAUGGACACACAACACGCUAAAGAAGCCACCGAGCUGCUCAAUGAGAACAAGUACAAAGAGAGCAGGAAAAAGGAGAUGUCCAGGUCACUCUAUUCCACCAUGUCAGAUACUACGGAAACCAGCUUCGCCAGAGAGAUGACGGCCGUACAGAGUGAGAAUAAAUACCGGGAAGAUGGCAGGAAAAGUCUGUCCCACAGUUUCUACUCUCAGCUUCCAGAAACUUCAGAGACUCAGUUUGCUAAAAGUGUCUCGGCGCUGCAGAGCGAGAUGAAGUACAAAGAAGCAGGAAAGAAAGCGGCGACGAGCUCCUUGUACUCGUCUCUCCCGGAGACUUUGGACACGCUGCACGCUAAAGAGGCUUCACAGCUGCACAGUCCGCUGAACUACAAGCAGAGUUUGAAGAAAGACUCCUCCAGCUUGUAUCACUUGUUGCCGGAGACCAAUGACACUCAGUUUGUGAGACAGCAGACGGAAACGCUCAGUGAGGUUAAGUAUAAAGAAGAUGGUAAGAAAGAGAUGAGCAUCAGUCUUUACUCUCUGCUCCCGGACACCAUGGAAAGCCAGCGCGCCAAAGAGCAGAUGGAGCUGCAGAGCGAGGUGAAGUACAAGGAGGCCGCUAAGAAGGAAGCAUCAACGUCUCUGUACCACCAGCUGCCUGAAACCUUGGAAACGCAACAUGCCAAAGAGGCCUCACACCUGCAGAGUCUGAUCGCAUAUCAGGAGGGUGGUAAGAAGGAGGCGUCAUGUCCACUUUACCACCAGCUGCCGGACACUCCGGAGACCCAGCUCGCCCGAGAACUCACUGACAUGCAGAGCCAGAAUAAAUACAAGCAGGACGGAUUGAAGAGUCUUUCUCAGAGUGUUUACUCUCAGCUGCCAGAAACCGCAGAGAUUCAGUUUGCUAAAAGUGUGUCCGAGCUGCAGAGCGAGACAAAAUACAGAAAAUCCAGGAGGGAAGAAGCUGGGCAUUGUCUCUACUCUGUGAUGGCAGAAACGCCAGAGACGCAACACGCCAAGCAGACGUCACAGAUUCAGAGCCAGGUAAAAUACAAGGAGGGCAUUGAAAAGCAGCUGUCUGUCAAUUUGUUCUCCAGCCUUCCUCAAACCCUGCAGACCCAGCGGGCCAAAGAGGUGAUGGAGCUCCAGAGCCAGGUGAAAUAUAAGGAGGGAUGUCAGACAAGCGUGUCCUCGUCCCUCUACCGUCUGCUCCCUGAGACGGCUGAAACGCAGCUCGCCAAACAGCUGUCAGAGGUCCAGAGUGAGACAAAGUACAAGAAGGACAAAGAGGACCUGUCCUCGUCUUUGUACUCGCUGCUGCCUGAGACUCUGCACACAAAGUUUGUUAAAGAGAUGGCCGAGACGCACAGCGAGGUGAAGUACAAAGAGGCGGGGAAGCAGCAGGCGACAUCAUCGCUUUACUCCAAACUGCCCGAGACUCUGGACACCAAACACGCCAAAGACGUGUCUCAGCUGCGGAGUGAAAAAAAGUACACAGAAGAGGGGAAGAAGCAGAUGACCUCGUCUUUGUACUCACAGCUCCCUGAAACCACAGAGACACAAUUUGCACGGGAGAUGACAGAAAUACAGAGCGACAUUAAAUACAAGGAGAGCGGAAAGAAGAGUCAGACUGUCAGUGUUUACUCACGGCUGCCGGAGACCAAAGAAACCCAGUUUGCCAAAGCGGUUUCUGAAAUUCAGAGUCAGACCAAAUAUAAAGAAGCUGGUAAGAAAGAAGAGAACAGUUCUGUAUACUCCACGCUUCCAGAGACGCUGGACACCGUGCACGCUAAAGAAGUUUCAAAGCUGCAGAGUCAGGUGAAGUAUAAGGAGGGCAGUAGGAAGGAGGCGAGCAGUUCUCUGUAUCAUCAGCUGGCAGAAACCACGGAGACCCAGCUGGCCAAAGGGCUGAGGGACGUUUACAGCCAGGUGAAAUAUAAAGAUGGCGGGAAACAGGAGCUGAGCCACAACUUGUACUCACGGCUUGCUGAGACCUCAGAGACCCAGUUUGCUAAGAAGAUGUCUGAGAUCCAGAGUGAGGUAAACUACAGGAAGGACAAAGAGGACAUGGCGAGCUCGUACUCGCUGCUACCUGAGACGCUGCAGACUCAGUUUGUUAAAGAGAUGGCAGAGACGCACAGCAAGGUCAAGUACAAAGAGGCGGGAAAGAAAGAGGUCGUGGAUUCUCUGUUCCACCACCUGCCAGAGACGGCGGAGAUGCUGCACGCUAAAGAGCUUUCAGAGCUUCAGAGCCAGAUCAAGUACAAGCAGAGUGGGAAGAAGACCGCGUCCACCAGUUUAUUCGCUCAGCUGCCGCAGACAGCAGAGACGCAGCUCGCCGCCAAAGUGUCUGCCCUGCAGAGCGAGGUUAAGUACAAAGAGGACGGGAUGAAGAUGCUCCGGCGCAGCAUCUUCUCUCAGUUACCAGAGACGACCGAGACUCAGUUUGUGAAAUCACUCUGUGAGCUGCAGAGUGAGGUCAGGUACAAAGAGGCGAGUAAGAAGGAGGCUGCCAGCUGCCUGUACCAUCUGCUACCUGAGACUCUGGAUAUGCUGCAUGCUAAAGAGGCUUCUGGGCUGCAGAGUCAGGUUAAGUACAAAGAGGGCAGGAAGAAAACGGUCAACACCAACCUGUAUUCUCUGCUCCCGGACACACAGGAGAUUCACUUUGCUAAAACUAUCAUGGAGCUUCAGAGUGAGAAUAAAUACAAGCAGAAAGGACGAGAGCAGAUCAGAAGCAGUGUUUUCCAUCAAAUGCCUGAAACCAAAGAGAUGGAGUUCGUAAAGCAGAUCUCUGAACUUCAGAGUGAGGCAAAGUACAAGAAGGACAAAGAGGACCUGCCGUGUACGUUAUACUCCCUGCUGCCUGAAACUCUGCAGACUCAGUUUGUUAAAGAAAUGAACGAGCUACACAGCGAGACUAAAUAUAAGGAGGCGGGUAAGAAGGAGCGGCUCAGCAGUCUGUACGCGGUGCUUCCUGAGACCAAAGACACGCAACACGCCAAGGAGCAAACUCAGCUGUGCAGCGAGAAAGCGUACAGGGAGGAGGGUAAGAAGGAAGCCAGUUCCAGUCUGUACUCGCAGAUGCCCCAGACCAUCGAGACCGUCUUUGCCAAAGAGGUGACCAAGACCCAAAGCGAUAAGCUGUACAAGGAGAAGUACAACCAGGAGAAGGGGAGGUCCUCUUACAUCACCAUGACAACGCUGCCGGAGGUGGAGCACGCCAUGGAGGUCCACAAACACCAGAGCGAUGUGAGCUACAGAAAAGGUAAAGAGGAGCUUCAUCACUACAAUGCUGUGGCAGACAGGCCUGACAUCAUCAACGCCACCAACACCACCAAACUGGCCAGUGAUGUGGCCUACAAGAGUAACACCAAGCAGCUGCUUUACACCGAUGGUUCCGUUCUGGUCCGCACCGAUAUCCAACACGCCAAAGACGUUUCGAAACUGGCCAGUCAGGUGAAGUAUAAGGAGAACUUUAACAGGGACCUAAAAGGCCAGAAGCCACGUUACAACGCACUGGACUGUCUGUCCUUCAAACAUACGCGAGCUGCUGCUGCUCUGGCCAGUCAGGUGAAGUAUAAGAUCAACCAGAACCAGAAACCUGAAGGGUCUUCAGACAUGCCAAACCUGCUGCAGCUGGAGCACGUCCUGCAUGCCAGCAAGCUUCAGAGCAACGUGGAGUAUAAGAAGAAGUACGAGCAGACGAAGGCUCAGUAUCACGUGGCUGUGGACGCGGCUGAACAGCGCCACCAUAAGGAGAAUGUGGUGCUGCACAGCCAGGUAAAGUACAGAGAGGAGUACGAGAAGAAUAAAGGCCGCUGUCAGAUGGAGUUUGGAGACACUCAGACCUACAAAGUGUCCAAAGAAGCUCAGAAGCUGCAGAGCAAAAAAGAGUAUCAGCGGGACUAUGAGGAGCAGGUGAAGGGGAAAGCGCUGGUGGACGCGGACCAGACACCCGCGUACCUGACAGCACGUCACGCGAGCAGCCUGCUGAGCCAAAAGGCGUACAGGAAAGAUCUGGAACAGGAGGUGAAGGGGCGGGGCUUGUCUGGUAUGGGGCUCGAGGAGACGCCCGAACUGUUGAGGAUUAAGAAUGCCAAUCAAAUACUGAAUGAGAAGGAGUACCGCAGAGACUUGGAGAGGGAGGUUGUGGGUAAAGGCAUGGAGAUCAGUGCAGACGUCCUGGAGAUCCAAAGAGCCAGGAAAGCCUCAGAGAUCCAGAGCCAGGUAUCCUACAAGCAGACGGAGCAGCUCAGAGAAAACUCCUACGGGACGGUAACAGACACGCCCGAGCUGCUGCACGCCUCCUACCUCAAAGACAUCUACAGCCAGAAGCGCUACAAAGAGGAGGCGGAGCGUCUGAAGGGGAGCUACAGUCUGGUUGCUGAAACUCCAGAGAUGGCACGAGUCAAAGCCAAUCAGCGACAUGUCAGCUCCCUGCAUUACUGCUGGGACUCCAAGCUGAUGAGAGGUCUGAUGUCUUCAGUCACAGAGACACCUGAAAUCCUCCUGGCACGAGAGAACACCAAGAAGAUCAGCGACGUCCAGUACCGGCAGGAAGUGGGUUGUGGCACCGCAAUGAUGGACACGCCAGAGAUGGAGCGAGUCCGCCGGAACCAGGAGAACAUCAGCUCUGUGAAGUACCAGCGGGGGCUGCAAGAGUUAAGGGGGCGGAGCUGCACCGAGCUGGACACGCCCGAGUACAGGCGUGUCAGGAAGUCACAGGAUUCUGUCUCCAUGGCGAAGUACCAUGAAGACUUUGAGCGGACACGUGGGCGUGGCUCCUCCCUGGGAUUAGACCCCAGCAUGGAGCGUUACCAUCAAGCCAAUCAGAUGGUGGGAGAAGCCGGCUACAACAAAAGGAUCCACCCACACGGGACGGAAACAGACAGACGACCUGGAGGCAUCAUCGUGGAUUUGAAGGUGUGGAGGACAGAUCCAGGGUCCAUCUUUGACUUUGACCCUCUGAAAGACAACAUUCAGUCCAAAAGCCUCCGCAGAAUGUCUGAGCGAGCUGAGAGCAGACUGUCUCGGCAGAGCUCGCAGCAGUCGCUCACCCACAGCCAGUCUGUCAGUUCACUGACCUCUGACUUCUGGGACCGCAGCAGCACACCUGCCCCUGUCCUUCCUGGAGCGUACCAGCAGGGCAUCCACAUGCACCAGCAGCAGCAGCAGUAUCACCAUGGCUACAUGCACCAGACCAGCAUGUCGUCCGUCAGAUCUGCCACCUCCCCACCGCACUCCGCCACCAUGCGUGUUUACCGGGCGCUCUACGACUACGCGGCACAGGACCACGACGAGGUCUCGUUCCGCGACGGUGAUGUCAUCAUCAAUGCUCAGCCAAUCGACGAGGGUUGGAUGUACGGCACCGUGCAGAGAACCGGGAAGUCCGGAAUGCUGCCGGCAAAUUAUGUGGAGUGCUGCAACUAGAAGAAGAAGAAGAGGUCAGACAGCCAGUUUGCUAUAAACAGGUCCUAAAAUCCUUUGAAACAGUGGGUUAUGUACUUUACAGUUUGUCUGUUUGAUGAUAAACAUCCAGUUUUCCUCAGAAAUCAAAGUGUGACGUCUUCAUUUGACAGCCGUCACUUUAAUUAAGUCACACAAGAAAUCCAUCAGGAAGAAGAGAUUAUUCUGACCUCUGACCAGCGCUGGUGUCAUGUUUAUUCCAGGUCAUGUUACUGGAGCCGAAAAAUACCCCAAAAUCUGUCUAAAAAAUCAUUUAGAUUCCAGGAUUUUUUUUUUUUUUUUGUCUUGUUAAUUUUUUUGGCCACUGUGAUAAUUGUGUAUGAAAACUGACUCAGUGACUCGUAUUAACUCCUUAAAGACCAGAGUUCAGUGAGGCAACAGGACGUUUGUCUGUAAGAUAUCCAAAAAAAAGAAAAAAGAAAAAGACAUUCUACAAUACGAAACAAAUGUUAGUGUUUCCUUUAAAUUCAUUCAUUCACCGUGAGAGGGUGGUUUGUCCCCACAGUUUGGCCCCCAGGGGCUCCCGUGGCAUAGGUUGUAUAAAAAUCUUAAUUUAACAUUCUUUAAAAGUGUGCUUUAGUUUAUAUUGUCAAGGAUUAUGUUGCCCCCUACUGGACAGUACUGAAAUGGAAAAACAAGCGCAUUUAAAAGAAAACUAUUCAGUCACACAACUAAUGAGUAAAACAAUUUACAGAUGGUUAUACUUUUAAAAAGUUUAAUAUGAUGCAGUUAUUGCAUACCUUUAUUGGAAACAUAUAAACUGGUGUUUUAUUUUACUUUGAAUCUUUGUUACAUUUUUUAAAAAUUAAGUUAAAUAAAUCAUCCACAUAUUCAUAUAAAAUUAUUUUUAAUUGUAUUGUUAUUAUAUACUUGUAUAACUUUCUUUUAUCAGUAAUUGGUUCAUAAUGUGUUGAGUUAAUAUUAGAGGCAUUAUGGGAAAUGUAGGAAACCUAGGAUGUAGGAAGGAGGUGUGAGGAUGUAGAAAGAAGAGAAGUUUUGAAACCUGAGAUCUGUCUUUAAUAAAGCCAUUUUUAAUAUAAAAAAGGAGAAAUGAUGGAAAAUCAUGAAGACUUUAAGAAAUAAAAACAAAACAAAAAAAUAUGUUUUUUGUAAUGAUACAAUUAAAAGAUAAACAGAGGAGGAAUAGAUGGAUGGAGAUUGAAUACUCCAACUUUAAUCAUUAAUCCUGAGUUUGACUUCACAUUCUAGUGAGUCUGUUGAGUUUUAUUCUACUGACAGAUGUUCACUUUUACAAGUGUUAGCAGGAGAUGAAACAUUCUAACACACUGUGUUCUUUCACUUAUUCUUCAGCUUUUCAUGGUGUGUGCAUUGUUUGUGUGCUGGAAUCUGAUUUUUGUACCUCACAGAAUGUUUUUGUCGUGUUUCCUGUCAUCUGUGUUAUUUAGGGUUUGGAAACAGACUGCAUCAGAUAAAAGUUUAUCUGCUGAAUACAAUCUGGAACUUUUAUAUGUUUGACUUCACAAGAUAGAAGCAAUAGAAGAUAAUUUACUGAUUAUUUGUAUGUUAACUGUGGAUUUUCUUUUGACUUCUUAUGUCACUUUUGUAAAGUUUGGUUCAGUAAAUCAUCACAGGUUAUAAUUUAUUUACUUAUUAUUUCUAAUGGUAUAUCACACAAUCUCGGUUUUGCUGUUGUUGUCAUAAUUAUAGUGUGUUACAUGUGCAAGAAAUAAAAUCAAUGAUUUGUGCACA